AUGACUGAACAGAUAAUCGUUAAUCCGCAGGACCCUUAUGCUUUUGACCAUCUCCUAGGGAGAGAUAUGGGCGCAAUCAAGGGGAAUCACACAUUACAUCGUCAGUUGUCGCAAAUCCGCGAAUUCAAACACAAGGACUACAGCAACAGCUUCUCUUAUAAUGCUGAAGAGCUUUUAGACCCCUCGAGCCAAUUGUUCCAAAGGUAUCCCCAAGUGAGCCAGGUUCUUCGAGAUCGUCUAGGGGUAGCAUUUGCCAAGCGGAACAACGAGGAAUUCUCAAGGUCAUUUGGAGCUACGUUCAUUGCUCGCGAGAAAGGUGUUGCGGGUGCUUCCCUGGAUGACCUUGAACAAUACGCAAUCAAAUCUCAAGUCCACACAACACAGUGGAUGGACAGGGUAUCACGCACAAAUGCUCAGAUGGCGCCCUUUUGUGAGCCUGGCGGAGAGAAACGAUAUAUGCCAGAAGAAGCACUUCUUCUGAUCUAUCUCGAUGAGAGCAAAAGGUUCCCGCGGCUCAACUCGGUCUACACUCACGGAAUGCUAACAGCGAUUCUCAUGACUCCCUGUGUUGAUCCUAGCUAUGAAGCCAUUUCAAUCAUUGAUGAGGGCCAUUUUGACCGAAUCAAGUUCAAGGGACCAGUCCCGCCGCGCAUCCGGAAGAGAUAUCCUCCAUUUCCAGCCUUUGAUGGCAGUUAUCUCAUGUCCGCAGCCACCAAAGAACCUCAACUGGGGGAAACAGAAGGCAGCAAAGUGGCUUCACAGCUUCUCCAAGCUAUGAUCGAAUUAGCUGAUAUGAAGGUCUGCCAUGCUGAUAUCUCAGUGACAAAUUUUCUAAUGGACCAAAACCUCAACGUUCAACUGAUCGAUCUUGGAGUGCUCACCUUCUCGCUUGAGAGCACAGAUAUACUUGACAUAGACCAUUUCAUCCCCUACCAAGAGUACCAGAUGAUGCCUGAGCGAGCCAUUGAACUGGAGAAGUACGAUAUUUGGAGGGAUCCAUCCCACGAUGAUGUCUGUAUUGAAAGUAUCUACUUGCCCGUUGACCAGCGGGAAAUUUGCCUGUGGAAAUACUCAACGCUCAUAUACGGGUUUCUGCAUGGCUUUUGGCCCUGGGAUGAGCCUAAGCCAGUGCCGAGACAUUUAGAUUGGCAUGCUGGGUAUGAUGGUCCUUACAAUGACCCGUUAUACCCAGUAGUCAAACGCAGACGAAAGAGAAUGAUCAAUGAGGAUGUAGCAAUCAGCGAAUCACUCUCCCAGGACUGCAGGGAUGUGUUACAAGCCACACUGUCCAGAGAAAAGUUCGAGCGGCCGUCGUUGGAAGAGUUAUCGUCCUUUCCUUGGUUUUCUCGCUGGUCUGCUGAAGAACUCGAGUCUGGUCGCCCUUUGAAAAGACCGUUUGUCAAGGAUUUCCAUGAUAAAUGCCGUGCAAAUGGUCGAAGGGGUUUCCCGUGGCCAAGUGUAUCACUGGACCAAGACAUGUCGUUUCCGAUUCUUAAGAACCCAAAAACUAAUUCCUCUGAUUCCUCUGAAUACUCUUCUGAUUCUUCUACAUAUUCUGAUGAAUCUGACAAGAAUGGAUACGAACAAGUCUCCCCACCUUUAAAGGCAUCACUUUGA